AUGGUGGUCAGAGGAAUUGCGCAACUAACGUUGAUCUUGGCACUGGUUACCAUGGCCUUGGCGAACGGUCUAUGGCCUUCCUGCGCCGGAAAGACUAUGCUAAGAUCCACGGGUUUAUCCUGUGAGGAGAAACAGGCCAUCUUAGACGAGCAUAAUCGGCUGAGACAACUAGUGGCUCUGGGGCAGAUUCAUGGGCAACCCAGUGCUGCCAACAUGAGAGAAAUGGUUUGGGACGACGAACUGGCCGCUGCAGCACAGAGGUGGACAAAUCGCUGUGCCAAGGACCAUGACGAAGGGAGGAAUGUCCGUAGGUUCUCGGUGGGACAAAAUAAUUUUCGAAGAUGGACAACAGUGCCGCCAGGACCAUACGACGACCAACCAGAUUGGCGACACACGAUAUCCGACUGGUUCAACGAAGUACAGCACUAUCGAAUCGGUUACAAUGAUGCGACAAAUGGCCACUAUACUCAGAUCGUUUGGGGUGACACAUACCUUGUGGGCUGCGGCUAUUCCUUCUAUUACGACCCUGCCCUAGGCUAUACCAAGAACUACGUAUGCAACUAUGGGCCCGGCGGCAACUUGGUAGGCUUUCAACCGUAUCAAUCGGGCCAACCUGCCUGUGGCAGUUACGGAAUGCUUUAUUCAAAUCGAUAUGCGGGUCUUUGUUCUGGAGAACACUACUACCAUCUAGGAGCACUGUGCAGUUACGGUUGA